CUCCGUUUCUUUUUAAAGGGAAAAAUCAUUAAAAUUACUAAUGACAUGAAAAAUAUUUCAGAUCAUGUUGCUCCCUGGGUGGAAAAAUGGGGCCAUGGCAUGGCCCUAUUAGGUGAACAAGGUGUAGAAGGUAUUCACAAAGAGUUGGGGAGAAUCGAACACACACGUUCAUCAAUGAAUAGUGAUACAGAACAGUAUAUGUCCAUAAUGAAGCUCCACCACUUGAGACUAAGACCAUCCCUCCAAGAGCAUAUCAUCCCCCCAAACGCAGAAAACUCUCAAAAGAGAAAUCUGUAUUAGAUAUGUAACUUGCUAUAGUUUACAUAGGAUUAUAAAAUAGACACAUUGGAUUGUAGACAUAAAACAAAACAUAAGGAUAUUUAAUGACCAUGUGACAGUUGGAGUAUAGUAGGUAAAAUUCUUCAGAUAAGGUAAACAAUGCAUGGUUUCUUCAUUAUGUAAGUAAUCUUGAGUAAUUUGCUCCUUUAAUAAAGUUAUGAUUAGUUAAUAGGACAAGCAAAGUCUAAACUGUUCAGUUCUUAGUGUGACUUGUCCCUUUCAUUUAUGUCCUCUAUAUCAUUAUAAAAAAUGAAAUAAAAUAGGUAUUUAUUUCAUAAUGUUCAGAUUGAACUACUGAACAAUUGCAUAUAAACAGCAUCAAUGGGAAAACUUCAGUUAUUUCUUUAAUUA